AUUUGUAGGUCAUAAAAUGUCAAUGUCAAGACAUAUGUCAUGCUGUCAUGUUCAAGUUGUAUGGUUAUGGUAUUUGAACUCAUUAAGUAAAUCCAAAUGUAUUUUUGUGAUUGAACUUUGUUGUUACAACAUGUAAAUUGCAUUAUAUUUAACUAUUAACAUUACAAUAAUUGUCCAUUUGAAAAGAACAAGGCUAAAGCAUGUUUACCCUUACAGUACGAACACUUUUAAGAAGAUGUGUAGGCAGAGGUUUUGCAAGUUCUCUAGCAAUGUCCAAAGAGCAAACACCUCUUGUCGAUGCUGUCCAAGCAGGUUCUAUGGGAGAGAAGUGUUUCUUGGUUGAUGAGAAUGAUAAAAUAAUAGGACAGGCUUCAAAAAAGGAAUGCCAUUUCGUAAAAGAAGAUGGGGACAUUCCUCUGCAUAGAGCAUUCAGUACUUUUUUGUUCAAUAAGAAGGGGGACCUUUUACUUCAAAAGAGGUCCGAUACAAAGAUAACUUAUCCCAACCAUUAUACAAAUACAUGCUGUAGUCAUCCUGUAGCAGAUUUUCCUGGAGAAGAUGAGGAGCAGAAUGCUAUAGGUAUAAAAAGAGCAGCUAGAAGGCGGUUACAUUAUGAAUUAGGUAUUCCAUUGGACAAGUUACCUCUAGAAAGUUUCAACUACAUAACACGGUUGUACUACAAAGAUGAAGGGAAUGGAAAAUGGGGUGAACAUGAGAUUACUUAUGUACUUUUCAUUCAAGCUGAUGUAAAGGUGAAGCCUAAUUCCGACGAAAUAUCAGAGAUUAGUUUUGUACCUAGGUCUGAGCUAGACGAAUAUGUACCAACUUUAAGUGGUCCUUUAACGCCAUGGUUCCAGCUCAUAUUGAAACAUCGACUGAGAUUGUGGUGGGAUCACUUGGACAAAUUGGAUGAAAUUAAGGAUCAUGAGCAUAUUUUGAGAUUUGAUAAGACGAAAUAGUGAACAUAAAUUUCAAACACAACAUGGUUCUCGAAUAAUUAUUCUUCUAAAUAUUAAACAUUGUUUAUUUCUUUGUAUUUAUUUGCAGUCCAACGUUUAUAUUCGUAAUAUAUAAUUCAUAAUAUCUUAA